AUGGUUCAGGAUUAUUGCCAUCCGAAGUGUGGAGAUGGUGUGAGAGUUCCUUCUGAAGGUUGUGAUGAUGGAAACACCAAGGACGGUGAUGGCUGCUCCUCCAGUUGCAUUGUAGAGACUGGCUACGUAUGUUAUGGCGGCAAUUCCAGCCAUGCCGACAGCUGCAAAAUGACUGUUUGCGGCGAUGGUGUCGUGGAGGGAGCUGAAGAGUGUGACGACUUCAAUGACUUUGGCGGGGAUGGGUGCUCUGCUGUAUGUUUACGCGAAAUCAAGGAGGUGGCAGCCAGCUCGGACACUCAGGUGGUGGUGACGAUCAUGCCUCUCGGACAGAUAUGCCGGAUUUACAACGCUCGACAGCAUGAAACGUUGGAGGAUACAACCUACCACCUGCAGAACACCAUUGUCACGGGUGAUGUGUCAGAUCCCAAUGACCUCCGCAUCCACGUACAAGUGCUCAAUGGCUCAAUCGCCAUGAAGCCUUUGGUGGAUAUCUACCUGGCACAAGGAAGGAACGAUUCCAUUUGGCAGGCGAUUGUGCAGAGGGAGACAGGUGUUCACUUUGAGCCCUACUCUGAUAACAUGAAAGAGACGGUCAUUUCUGGCACGCACUUCGAAGUUGCCCGCUUCUUGCAAUAUUUUAUGUAUAUUGCACCUGAUCUCGACUUCAAUGGCUACGUGUCAGUGCUCUUCACUGUAGUGUCUGGAAUGGUCAUGAAUCACGGAGCAGAGGUGUGCGAGUCGAACGUCGUGGUACGGGUCAUCCCUGUCUUCAACGAUCCGGCUUCGGUGAUGGUCUUGGACAGCAUCAAGAACAGUGGCUACCAAUGCCAAGCCGCUUCUGCCUCGUGUUCGUUAGCAGGUAUCUCCCUCUACGAUCCUGACUGUGAGUCGGCUGUGGAUGGCUCCUGCUUCCUACGCCUCGAGCUCAACGCUUCCCUCGGCUUCCUCUCAGUGCCCGGCCACCCCGCUGGCUGGCAAGAGGUCUUUCCGUCUCUGGUGGGCCACGCCGCUGGUCUCAACGCUGCCCUGGAACGGCUGAGCUUCUUCCCGCCGGCGCUGCCCCCAGAGCCGCCCGAGGCCGCGUUGCACGUCUCGGUGCACCGGGUCAUUGAGCGGACCAUCGCCACCCCGGAAGGACUGCUGCCAAUGGUGACCUCUUUGACCUUGCCCAUCCAUAUUUUGUCUGCGGACACGCCGCCGACUCUGAGCCUGUCUUCUGGGGAUGCCUUCCACGGUGCUGUCUUCAUCAUGAGCAACACGAAGCCCCACUACUUCACGGACAUCGUUUUCGAACCUCCCGGGGCGAUCGUGACCACUUGCAUCAUUGAGCUGAAGGUGUCGAAAGGUCUUUUGUUCCUGGGCGACACCGGGGGCCUUUGGUUCGCCGAUGGCACCAACAACGGGGAAUCCCGCCUGCGCUUCGUGGCCAACAGCACCGACAUCCGCAACCGCUUCCUGGCCGAUGUCCGCUAUGCCUGGGAUGACAACGACUGUUCCAACCUGGAGCAGUUCAACAUCACUGUGGACAGCGGUCAUCACGAGCCCUUGACACUAAUUGCCCUACUGGUGCUUCCAGAUUGCCAAGGCUAUCAGGCUCAAUGGAUGGGCAGCAAUAAGCUCAGCAUGAUGGAAGACUCUGAGAUCUCCAUUGGCCAUCUCAAUUUGACCACGAAAGAUACUCAUCUCUUCCUGAUGGUGGAUGUGCAACUUGGCUUUGACCAUUCAUGGCGUGGCGACUGUAAACUGGUCCGCUGGCCAGAGUCGAUCCCGAGCUUCGUUCCUGGUCGGGAGUGUCAUUUGGAUGGCUUGGUCAAGGGAUUGAACGAAGUGCUUCCCUACUUGGUCUAUAGACCUCCACCCGACUUCUUUGGAACUGUUCAACUGGAGUUCAUCGUCUUCAAAACAGAGGCGAGGCCCGGGGAGAUCUUAGGCCGAUCCACUGGCAUCUCUUCGCGCGGAGUUCCUCAAAGCAUCCUCGUGGAGAUCGAAGUGGCGGGUGUGAACGAUGGUCCUUCUCUGGAGGUUUUCUUGGACUCCUACCGACUCCAGGAGGAUGCCGAAGAGUACCUAGUGCUGGGCCCGAUGUUUGUGACUGACAUCGAUGCAGAUCAGAACGAAAUGAGCUUCAAGUUUGAACUCAUAGCGGGACACGAGUGGAAUACGCCGACUUGGCUUUGCUUAGACGUUCUCAAGGCUGCAAACAACUGGCGGUGCUUCCUCAUUGGCACCUCAGCGAUCCACUUCAACACCACAGUUGAAAACUUCAACAGCCUGCAAUCGGGCCCGGGGCGCUUGCGCUUCCGCGCGGCGCGCGACUGGCAUGGCUCGGCGGUGAUCAAUGUCAGCGUGGAUGAUAGAGGUAGUGGACAUGGAGAGGAGUUCCAUCUCAGCGCCAAUCGCUCCUUGUACAUCAUGGUCGAACCCAAAGUUGACCGUCCCCGGCUCUCUGUCUUGUGCCCGGAGCAGAUACCAUUUGUCACUUAUGGCCGGAACUGUUUGGAGGUCAAGGACUGUUUCGCCUUGAAUGCGAGUUUGGAUGGCACUGACGUGGGACUGUCCUUCUGGUUGGUCAUCCAGGCUGAUGACGAAAGGGUAAACAUCAACUUGGAGGAUCGAGCACCAGUACAGGUGUGGCAAGAGGGCACUGCGGAGCUUCACAUGGCAGGCUUAUAUCACAAUAUCCAGGAAGCACUCAGGGCUUUGGUGUUUCGGCCUCCGGGGCAGCUGUUUGAAGAUGCAUAUGAUGCUCAUACCUUUGAGUUCAACGUAACAGUCACUGCCAUCGCCCUGGGUGAACGCUUCAAUGAGCCCUGGCCCAUCACCCCAGGCCCUGGCAUGCGCCACGAUGCUCGUGCCUUUCCCAGUGACCAGGUGGACUUUUCAGUGGUGGUGCGGCGCAUGAAUCGACCGCCUUUGCUCUUUAUUGAUCGCCCUGCCUUCUCUGUGACGCAACUUCAAGCCGAGGAUGUGAUCCUCUACGGUGUCACGGUGGCUGAUCCGGACAUUCGCUCGGAUGACCUGCUGGAGCUGGUGGUGUCCGCCGAGGAGGACGGCCCGGGCGACUUGGCCUUUGCGGGACUGCGGGGGAAACGAUUGCAGAGAAGGAUGAGAUUGGAAGAGUUGAACCAGGCCUUGCAGGAGCUGACCUUCAUUUUCGAUAAUGCCAACUGGUUUGGCGUCACUGGGGUGUCCUUGUGGGUCAGUGAUUUGGGCAACCAUGGCUGGCGAGUGGAUCGGAAGACCACUCCCUACAGCUCGGUGGGCUUGGAGGCCGAAGAGCGUGGGGAGCUCACAGCCAGCAGUUUCUUAGCGGUGCAUCGGAGCUUCGUCAAUGAGCCGCCACGGAUUAUCCUUGAAGAGCCACGCUCUGGGCUGCUGGAGGUCUUCGAAGACCAUGGGCAAUUCGCGUCUUUCAUGGUGAUGCACAAGGCCUCCGAACACUUGGUCGAUCGCAUGUUGACGGUCUUCAUGAGCACUUCGCAUGGCCAGCUGCGUUCCAUCUCACUGCAGAAUGCCACAGACAGAGGUGUGAGGUCUUCGUUGGAUGGCAAGAGGCUUGAAUACACAGCCUGGUUGUAUGAGCUGAACACCUUCUUGGCGCAAUUGGAGUUCCUCCCAGAUCCUAACUACAAUGGACCUGAUGAGCUUGUGGUGAUGAUCACGGAUGGUGAAUAUGAGGUGAAUACGAGCGUGCCAAUUCAGAUCGCCAGCCUAACUGAUCCAUUGAUCAUAGUUUGCCCUCCUGCGGUGGACCUCUUCGAGGGUCAACGGGCAGUGCCCAUUGGUGCCAACAUCUCCAUUCGUGACUUUGAGCCCUUGCCCGGCGAUGGUGACGAAGAUAGUGAGGUCCAGGUGGAGAUCUUUGUCGGGGAUGGUGGACUGCAGCUGUUGCCUGGCAUGCCACUUCCUCCUGAACUGGACCCUUGGUGCCGUAUAGAGCCGUUCAUGAAUGACAGCGAGGCCGAGGAACUUGCUGCGUGGAACGGAACCCGAAAUGGCUCCGGGGACGAUGGCCCCGAGUCCAGCCGUCUUCGGGUUCCGCGGAUUCAAACGCUUUGGUUCAAUACGACGCUGGCGGGCUUCAGAGAUAUGGUCUUUGCAGCAGGGCUCAAUGCUGCCAUGGUGGUCUUGUCCGAGGUGCUGAAAGCCUUGGCAUUCACUCCAUACCCUGAGCUCUACCAUGGAGUGGUGCAUUUUGAGAUCCGAGUCUCGAUGUUGCAUACCAUGGAGUCGGCCAGGUGUGAGAUCGGCCUGGUGGUACAUCCGGUGAACUCUGCGCCGGUGAUCCAUUUCGACCACUCCCGGCUUUGGGCGGACUUCUCCGGGGGUUGGUUUGUGGAGCAGAUGCACUCGGCACGUCUGAAGCUGGAGGUCUCCUGUGGGACAAUGUCCUUCCUCAUCGACUACGUCUUUGGUGUCCAGAAUGGCUCCAUCGCAGGCCUCGAGGGCAUCACCUUUCACAAGGGCGAUGGAUCCCAUGAUACAGAGAUGGACAUCACCUCGACCUUGGCGAACUUGAACCUGCAGCUGAGCCGUUUGUUCUACCAUUCCGGCGGGGAGUGCCGGCAGCAGAACAUCAGCCUCUCCGUUGAGCUGGAUGACCUGGGGAACUUCGGCGCCAGCAAGGAUGAGAUGGGACCCUACACUGCAUGGAUGAUGGGUGGUCCAUGGCUAUGGCACGUAAUGGCCAAUGACAUUGUAGGGGCUAGGCAGAUGGGGAAUCAGGAUUCAAUAUGAUUCAAUUUCUGUAUUUUGUUGGUGGGUCUACUCACUCCAAACACCUUCCUAUACUUUGGAGUCACUGGACUUGUGACUUGAGUUGGUCACAGCCUAACACACCAGCAAAAAGGGCCAAGUGCCUGGGGGACUGUCAAGCUCUUUUUGAGGUAACUGUCAACCAUUUGCUCGGAGUCAGUGCGUCAGCUUGAGGCAACUUCGGGCACCCGCUGCC